AUGGAAAUAAAUUUCCCGAAUGCUGCACUGUGUCUGCAUGAGAUCAGUUCGAACAUGGCGAACGCAGAAGAUGCGGCAAGCCGUAGCGCACCGACGUUCUUGGAUCAUUGCGAAGGAGUGCUACGCGAAUGCCGGGUAGCUUCUUGCAUUGCGGAAAAAUGCCGGACGACCAAGGGCGGCAAAAACUCGUGGUGGGCCAAGGGUGUGGAUCAAGCCGUUCAGUUUCUUCCCCUCGUCGACGACACAGGAGCAGUAAGAUGUACUCGUAAGUAUGCAGCAGCAACGGAGGGGCAUCAGCAUCGGCAGGAUCGGGGAGAUGAAGAGGCCUGCCGGACGCUCUCUCGCCGAUCUAUCUUUGCGGAUGAUGUAGACGUCUGUCCUUCAAUACUGCGAACUGCAGCUAGGCGGGGUCCUCUGCUGGGUGGCACUACCGCGAACAAUGACACCGUCGGACCACCUUGUCUGGGCAGUGACGCGUUAGGCCCUUGUGCGGAACAAGGCGACAGUUUAUUUCUGCUGUCCUCUCGCGCCGGGGCAGAUGCAGAAGGAGCCGCGUCAGAUGUAUCAUGGGAUUGCGGAGGUGGACCACAUCAUGGUGCUUUCGGAUCACCUUCCGGAGGAGGACCAGCAGGAAAUGACAGCACGUAUGAAAAUACAACAGUCUCCUCAUCGAUCGAAGCACUUCCGGACACUGCCUUUGAGCUCGUUUUUGAUCGGCGCUUUUUCUGCCAGACGAGUAACAGUGCCACGUCAGUACUAUGCGCGCCGUCAGGCCUGAAAAGGCAGUUGGCGCUGCAAGCCGUGGCACAAGAGGCGCAAAGCCAAGAUUUUUCCCGGUCGGCUCAUAACAACUUCUCAGGACCAAGGAUUUUUCCUUCUAACAGCGACUCCGUUCUACUUUCCCGAAGCAAUACCUCGGUUCUGGAAAGUACGCACAAAGAAAUGUGCUCGGCGCGUCGGUCUCAGCUGCGGCCGGAAAUUACAGAGGUCCACCUCCUGGAAGAGCAAGCCUCGGUACAGCGACGGCGUUCUUCUACGAAGUAUGGCCGCGGUUGUGGAAGAUUUUUUUCUGCAGGUCGAUUUAUCGACGAUGAUUCUGAGAUCUGCCCUCCUGGUGCGCGCAACAUUGUCGCGCAAGUGCAACUCUUCCUGCAUUUCUGGCAAGGCCGUGCAGUAGUCUCUUCGUACUCGCAAGCGUUGCGCAUCCAACGCGAGCUGCCGUCGCCGCUUCGCGACACUGCGCGCGCACUUCUGGACUGCCAAAGUGCCGUGACUGCCAGUGGAGCUGGUGUUGACGUCCUUGGGAGAACCGGUAGUACUCUUGAAAACGCAUUCCAUUCACAACGUCAGGAGAAUCAUGAGACGCUUCCACGAGGAGGAAACCAGCACGACGAGUUGCAAAUAAGCGGAAGUCGGACUGCUGCAGACACGUCAACCUUCGAGGCGACACGAGAAGGUUCUGCAGCUGAAGAAGAACUGCUGGAACGCCUGCGAUUGCAGACCCAGGCUUUGGUGGGCUUUGAACAACAGGGGCGCGCAACACAGAUACGGUCGCCCGCCUCCCACCAGGGCGUUCCGGAAAGACGAGAAAAGAACCGUGACGAUGUUGACCUCCGUAGUACUUUCAGGAACAAUAACUGGGCUAGCUUAGGCAAUCAUUAUGCGAGAGGUGGGCAAGCAGAACUACAGCACUCGCGACAUCAAAAUGGAGCCAGCUUGACGAGCGACGUUAAUUCGGUUCGUGAAACUCUCGACGUUGAGAUUUUGCUCCUAAAGUCAGACAUUUUUGGAAUCAUCACAUCAAUAAGCGACUUCGCGAUCAUCUGACAGAUAAAUGUCGCGGCCACAAGCGACUCUUUGAUUGAGAGUAAAAAAUACGCGCAUGAAGAAGAUCAUCACGACAGGUCGCAUCUAGUGUGAUCAACAUAGACUACUUGAAGCACCCUCUGCAAAGCACCUCCGCGAAUUCGAGUCACUGAGACAUAAUCCAAUAAAUGAAGGUUUGCAGCAGUCACGGCAAACUCACAAAAGCGAUCAAGUGCAGCUAAGACGUAAAAUCAGGCACUCAAAAUUCCAAUUCCUCACGCGGUCGCGCAGAUCUUAUGAAUUUGCACUUAUCUAGUACUAGUGCAUUGUUCAUUUAGUCUGCCCCACGUACGAUCGAUGCAUGUUGAAAUCUCCUGCUUCUGCUUCGAUUAUUUUAGGUUUAGUCUCUCCUGCCUUUGCUUUUGCACCAACAAGCAUUGCUUUUGCUUUAGAGUAUUUUAUAUGCGAAUGCGUAAUUGUGUAAAUUACGAUUACGAAUCAAUUGGACACGAAGAUUGAAGGCAAACAGAAAUCAAAAUCCAACAAAGUAAAUCAGAGCGAGGAGUCGAAUACCAAUACAACGUAGAAAUGCGAAAAAUGACGGGUCGGCGCCAAUUGGAGCGUUCUGUUCCAGAUGUUCUUUAUCGCGGGCAAAGAAAGCAAGCCACAGAAAUUGUUCCACUGAAGUACUAUCGGCAAGAGUCCACCACUACUAGCAUAAUGAUAGAUGUAGAUCUUCAUUCAUGGCGCAACAUCACGAUGUUGCACGAAAGUAAAUCAUGAAGAUCAUUCGUAGGAUCUUCAAAAACAAAAUUGUUGGAGAGACACACGACACUCACCAUCAAUCGAAACUUCCUUACGAGCUGCAAAUGGCGUGAGCGAGAACACUACGUACCCCUGCGUGUAUCAAUCAAUGCAAAUGCUUUCAAUGAUUCCGACAUUUCCUUAGCCCAUAGCGUCCUUAUGAAAUAAAGAAAUGGAUGAAUUGGAAAUUAUACAAGAAUUACCCCGAAGCCGAAGAUCCCCUCUCCUACAUUGCGCUAAGUACUUACACAUAAGCAAUAGAUUUUAGAGUGUUUCCUGCACUUGCUUCGUGACACGAGAAGGAUUUUUUUACUUCUGGAAUCGCCUGCGGCCUUUUACAGUUCAUUUGACAAUCAUGUAAGUUCUGUGUGUCUGCGUUUGUUCUUUAUUCUUUCCUGUGCUUCCUCUUCUAUCAUUUCUUUUUCAGAUUCGAUUCAAAUUGUAUCGGGCAGCUCGGUUUGUGUUUGUUCCUCGGAAACAAAGAAAGGGAAAGGCAAGGGUGUACUUGUCCGAGUAAGUACAACAUGAUUUUCAUCAGGCACACUGGUUGUGCUUGCUCGAAUUCUUUGUACUCGGAAAAACGCGAGGACCAGCUGAACUCGGGGAGCUGUCGCUCUCAGACAAGUUUUGAAACCGACCGGCGAUGAUGUAUGGUGCGGGUAUGUUGCGAUCCUGGGCGGGCAUGCGACGCCAUGUGAGCAUCAUGCCGGAGCGGGCGUCUGGAUGAUAUUUCGGAAGGACGCAAACGAGACAGCUUUUUUCCUAACCGUGUUUCGGACGCGACUUAUCGAUUUCACAAUCUUCACAGGGAUCUAGUUAGGCUCGUUUGAUGGUCUAUUUCGCCCAUGAUUGAUGGAAAACAAAACUAACUACGCAAAAAAAGAAGUCCCCCGGAGGAGGGUUCUUCGCUUCAUCAACGAGCUUGAUGUUGAGAAAUGAAGGAUAGUUAAUACAUCCGACGAGAGGGUUUGAUGCUAGAAUGUAGAAUGCGUGCUGGACGAGGCGUGCAGCGAUGUUGAUGUGUGACGUCGGCACUAGGCGAUGACUUCAGCGUGACUUGCUCGCAUCAAGUUCUGUGCUGGGCUCAGAGAGAGAGACCGCUACAAUUAUGCAUGUGGUGCCGUGAAGGUGAAGGUGAAGCCAGGCAAAAAAUCAUGUCAGUCCGGCGGAGAUGAUAGAUUGAGAUCUAAC